AUUGAAGACCAAACUAAACGUAGUAAAAGAUUACAGACGCAGUGAUAUAUAACUUCUCAUAUAAAGUGACGAUGAAACAGGUGUCGGACACGGUAGUUUCUCUUUUUCCAACCAGAACCGCUAAUGCAGCAUAUUCAUAGAUGAAACAUUAAAUGGACCGGCAUUCGGGCUAACAUCUUUUAACAUCAUUGAUAAAUUUUCUAAUUACAACAAGAUGAAUACCACGGAACGUCUGUGUUAUCAAAAUGAUUCUGCUGCAGCGUUUUAUGACACAGCGCAAUUCAUAACUGGACUAAUCAUAUACCCUGCACUAUGCUUUCCUGGAAUUGUUGGAAACAUAUUGUCCUUAAUUGUGUUAUUUCACAAAGAUAUGGCAACAUCUACAAAUGUUUAUUUGUCGGCACUGGCUAUAUCAGAUACUGUCAAACUGAUUAACGACCUCUUUUAUUUUAUCUUGAUUCUAAUGAAGCACACAGAAGCUGCAAAUGCUGGAAUGAUUAUGGCGAAUUUGUAUCCCUACGCGCACUACAUUUUCAACUUCGCAGUUUGUGUAACAGCAUGGCUUACAGUGUCUAUUGCAGUAGAACGAUAUAUUUCAGUGUGUCAUCCAACACGCGCUAAGUCAAUCUGCACUAUACCAAGAGCACGAACUAUAUCUAUCUUUGUCUUUAUUACAAUGAGUAUUAUAACAAUUCCCUCUGCUAUGCGAUAUCAUGCGGUUUUUGUAACAGAUCAUAUUUACAACUUGACGUGUUAUGUUGUGCAGCCCACGCAUAUUGGCAACAACCAGGUUUUCAUGAAACCAUACACUUGGAUUCAAAAUUCCUUUCGUUCAAUAGUUCCAUUAGUGGUUCUAAUUAUUCUAAAUGCCAGAAUCAUAAACGAACUGAAACGUGAGCGUAUAAAAGGUAAGAGUCUCUCUGGCAGAAACAGAAUAACUCUGAUUAUGAUAAUAAUAAUAAUUGUCUUUCUUGUGUGUAUUACACCUGAUGCAGUUAUGUCCAUGUUCUUCGGAUUUGGUUACGUGGAAGAAAACAGUAUUGUUAAAGGAAUACGCGAAAUAACGGACUCAUUGUUGGCUGCUAAUUCCGCAUUUAACUUUGUUCUGUACUGUACCAUGAGCCAACAGUUUCGAGGGACAUUUUGUAAAAUAUUUGGAAUUACGUCUGUACAUAGCAAAAGAUCUGAGCGUGAUAGAUUAUUAAGUACAUAUACAAAGUCGGUGAAUGGACGUGUAUCUACACAUGAAAGCAAACCUGUGGCUCCUGUAAGCAACACCGAGUAUGAAGGAAAUUCUGCUCUUACUUUACAAGAAACAUUUGUUUAAAUUGUUUAUGCGCAAUGUACAUAGUUUUCGUCAUAUUGCAAAACACUGUCACUAACUUGGGGUUAUUAUUUAUGUUUCGUUCAUAAAAGAAAACAAUAUAUCCGGUUGUUACAUCAAUACUUUGUUCAUAACCAUUUGCCAAAACUACGUUCUGCAUGUAGAAGUAUGUGAAAAACUUCAACCCUGGUCGUAGCAUAAGAUUCCAAGGAAUUACAUCGAAGAUAUAUUUGACAUCAAAUUUAAUGCUACUGACAUUUGUGAGAAGUUAGAAUACGUGGCGAAUUUUAGAACAUCUGCAACAUUUAUUUGUAUGAAUAAUGUUUGGCGAUUCAUCAUUUAUCAAUAACACUUUUCUUUAAUGUGAAUCUUGAAAAUGGCUAACACUUGUUGAAAUAUAACAAUCAAUGUGUAUUGCCUGAUUUCGAUUUCUACAUGUUCUGUUGUAUAUUAUAAACUCUUAAUUAUUACAAGAAAAUACUAGAAACAUUGUACCAAAAAUAUUAUUCAAUACAUAUUUUGUUGAAGAGUUUAAUAAAAGAG